GUCGCGUCAAUCGACGGCCGGUCGAGUCGAAGCGGUUGCGAUUUCCCAGUGCCACCGAAAACUCGGCUGGUUAGUGGUUUGUUCGAGUCGAAUGAAGGUCGAGUGAGGCUCGAGCGACCGGGCUUGGACACCGAUGCGAUUGAUCGUCUUCAAAGGCGCUUCCCUAUUGAUGGUUUUUAUUUUAAUUCGUCAGAGCCGAACGGCAUAAAAGGAUUAUGGUUAGAAAGAGUGAAAGGAAUAAGCACGGUACACCCGAUAAAUCCGUAGAGAAAGCUUCGACUAGAAAAAGUAGUCGACAGACGAGACGGAGGAAGAAGUCUACCUCGGAAUCAGAGCCAGAACCUGACAUUCCUGUUGAAAAAGAAACCAAGAGGGAAAAACAUGAGGAGAAGGCAGAAACUUCUGAUGCUCAUACCAGGCUCAGGCGAUCCGCCAGGACCAAAAAUACUCCAGACAUGGAAGCAGAGAUGGUAGAAAAAGCAAAGAGCGAAGAGGUGGUUGAAAACUCUGAUGACAAAGAAUGGAAGGAUGAUAGUAAAUUUUGGGAAGCUCAGCCUGCUAAGCCUGAAGAGGCUAAACCUGCUGAAAAUGAAGAAGAGGGCUUGACAUGGAAAGUUCAGAGCUCUAACGGAUCAGGUGGUGAGAUCCAGAAGCUGAAAAUUUGUAGGCAAAGAUUAACUGAUUCCGCCGAGUCUUCGUCUUCACCGACAAAGGAGACAACAUCUCCAAGAAGGAAGAGGUAUACAAAAAGGGCUACCAAAGAGAAGCACGACCCUGAGAGUGCCGAAUCGACCGGUUCUCAUACAGAUUCAGAAGCUCCACUUCAGAUAAACCCCGAAGAGAAUGUGAAACAGGAAGCACCGACUGAAAAGGAGAGUGCUGACAAAGAGGGAAAUCUCAGCGAGGAGAAAGCAGAAAAGACAACAGAGAAAGAGGUUGAAGUGCAGAAACCGGCAGACAUCGCUGAAACUCCGAUUGUUAAUCGGCCUUCGAUCCCGGAAAAAGAGGAAGGUGAACUAGACACUACUGUCGAGGGGUCCGACGUACAGAAAUCUAGUGAAUGUGAAUCUAUGGUGGUGGAAGCCAACCAGGUGGCAAUCAAUGAAGAGACUCAGGAUGAAAAAGAGGACUGUACAAAAGAAAAAAUAUCCACAAAAGAGCCAGUAAAUGAAAAGUUGGAAAAUGCAAGCAUUGAUAUCUCAUUAUCCAAUGAAAUUGCCAUGGAAGAGAUUGCUAUGGAGGAGAUUGCAAAGAAACUGAAUGAGAGGGCUGCAGCUAAGGGUGCUAAGGAGAUACCAGAGGAGAAGGAGAAGAAAGUGAACGAUAGCGCCAAAACGCCAGAUUCUGAUUUAGACACAACAAAAGAAGAAGGAGAAAUAUCCUCAGCUGCAGAAACUCCAGAACCUGUGAAAAAACAGACAAUGGAGUCACGAGCAAGACCGACUGCAUUGAAAAGGCUAACAGAGGAAAUACCAACUAGUCUGAGAAAAAGAAGGACAAGUAAACAAAUUAAACCACAGAAAGAUUCUCAAAUUGCCAUUUCUUCAUUAACGCUAAAGACUUUGGUUCCUGACGUUGCACCUGUGCCUUUGGAGGAAGUAAAAGAAAUGCUUACGAUUGAGAAGGAAGAAGCCGAGAAGAAAAAGUUGAUAUUAGAGUCGCAAGACGAUGGGGUGGCUGCAGAGGAAGACGAGGGUCCUGGAGGGCACGAGAGCAAGCACCUUAGAGAAUCCAAAGACAAGAAGUCUAAGACGCCUGAACGUAAGAGAAGCUUUAAGGAGGAGGGGUUGGAUAAUAAUGAGGUGAAGAAAAAAAAGAUUAUUAUCAAGCACAAGGAUGAGCCAAAGGUAGAUGUCAAAGUCAACAAUCAAGAAAAUCAUAAAGCUGCUAGGAAAAUAUCAAUUGUUUCUGAUGAUGCCAAAACAUUAAGGAAGUCACCGAGUCCAUCAGUUAAAAAAGCAACAAACAUAUUGUACAUAACCAAUCUUGUUAGGCCUUUUACUGUACCACAGUUAAAGGAGCUUUUAGCUCGAACAGGAACUUUGGCACCAAACGGUUUCUUUAUUGAUAAAAUCAAAUCUAAAUGUUAUGUCAAGUAUACGACUGUGGAAAUGGCUGUAGAGACGAGGCACGCCCUUCAUGGCGUCAGAUGGCCUGUCAACAACCCAAAGACAUUGAAAGUUGAAUUUUCAAAUGAACAAAACCUUAAUAUAAUGCUCCGACUUGCCGAGGAAGAGCACAACGCGGCGAUUAAACAAGAGGUAGCUGCCAUUGACAAGAAUGAAAGGCUUGAAGUCAAGGAAGCUACUUGGGGAAUUGAAAAGAACAUUAUCAAACCUUCAUCUCGACGGGUCACAACCUCAAUUAGGGAAUGGGACAUGGGCAAGAUGCCUGGCAAUGAAAACCAAGCUCCCAAUCAGACGCAGCUCGAGGUGAAAAAAGAAGAAUGGGUCAAAAAUAAGGAUAAAAACAAACUUGAUUCAGAAAACCGGAGGCGCCAGCACAGUCCAGAAAAAUCUGAAAUCCCUCGAAAACUAAAAAAGAAAGACAAUGAAGCUCCAGCUAAACUGUUAGACGGUCUCUUCCGGAAGACAAAAGCUACCCCUCGAAUAUAUUGGCUUCCUCUAACAACCGCACAGAUAGUGGUGAGAGAGGAGAUGAGGAGGCAACAAUUGGCCGAACACGAAAGGAGGUUGGCCCAAGCUGAACAGAGAAAGACAGAGUCGAGGAGGGAUAAAGAUAAAGAGAGAGAUAGGGAAAGAGAGAGGGACAGAGAUCGGGAUCGAGACCGGGAUCGAGAAAGGGUCCGUGAGAGGGAUAGGAGAAAGAAAUAAUGAAUAGAUGCAGAAUGGCAGAAUUUAUCUCUAUCUCUCUCUCCUGCAACUUACUCCACUCCAUGAUAGGGCUGUCCGUUCAACAAGUGUUAGGUCGAGGCUUGGAGGGUAAGCCAUCUGUGCCUACCCUACCCCAUUUAUCCCCAUCCCUUUUCCAUAAUAUCUUUACACUCCCCCUUAUCUUUAGAUAUUAGAAUUUUACAGAUUUAAUUUUUCUCUUUCUUUCUUUUUUCCUUUCUGAGAAUUACAAGAUUUAAUUUGGUAUUGUUGGGUCAUUUUUUUUUUUCAUUUUUGAGGGUUGAAAAGUUGUUUGAUCUCUUAGGAGUGGUGGGUUUUUCAGCCGGUGGUAAGUAAUUUGUUUUUACAGCUCUACAGCAUUUUCUUUACAGGUAGCUUAGUCUGGAAUCGCCGCUGAUAGCUUCAGCGCCUUCACAACCUUUGCUGACAAUUUUUCUCUCUCACACUUACAAUGGGAUACGAUAUCAUCAUUGGUGUUUCUUGCCUGAUUAACGUCUUACGAGUUUCCUUUGUCGAAGUGAGCCCGAAUUCUUCUCACUAAUAAAUAUUGGCACUUGCAACAAGAAUGCUGCCAUGAGAAAGGAAGCUGGCGAUUCUGCUCGUCACAAAGGAUGAUGGCCACCCGCUUGUCAAUGAGUCUGACUUCAAAUUCACCAGAGUGGUCCAGAGACACAAAAUACAUCCUUAAUUAUCAGUUUGCUACAAGAAAUUCAGUAGGCUAAUUGCCAAAAUACUUCAAACUAUCGGAAUUCUCUCUCAAAAAAAGAGACUGCAAUGACUCGCAACCACCCUACACAAUCUUUAUCAACAUCUCAUUCUUAUAUGUAAAUAGUGUCAAAUGAAUGUCUUAGCAAUGGAAUUAUGAAUAGAAUUUCAAUCAAUUUUGUACAAAACAACU